AUGGCACCUCUCACAACAGGCGACACCGCGCUUGAGCGCAGACUUGCUUCCCUCUCCAUUCGAACCCGAUACCGGCGCAACCCUGACACUGCCAUGGCCGGAGGCAAGAAGGGCGAGAAGCUUCUCACCCUCGGCUCCCGCCUCAAAUACCCCAUCAAAAUCACCAAGCUCUACAAGAGCGCUGGCGAGAAGGUCAAGAGGCAGGAGCCCGUAUUACAAUAUUCUUUCCAGUGGCUCAAGGAGCUGCACAACAAGGACACCGGCGAGCUAGAAACCCAGGAGCUGACCAGCCUCGCCGAGUGGAAUGCUCCCGAAGACGGACAGCUCAUCGCCUGGCACCUCCAACCGGGCCAGGUUGUCGCCUCUGACAGCCCUUGCAUAACGGUCGAGGAAGCAUGUACCCACGAGAUCCAGUUUCAAGGUCUUUGCGCUCUGUGCGGCAAGGACAUGAACGAGGUCAACUGGGCCAGCGAGCACCGUGACACCGAGCGCGCCCCCAUAAACAUGACGCACGACCAGACUAGUCUGACGGUCAGUCAGAUGGCCGCAGCCAAAGCAGAGAACGAGCUGCAGAGGAGGUUAAUACAGGACCGCAAGCUGAGCCUGGUUGUCGAUCUCGAUCAGACCAUCAUCCACGCCUGCAUCGAGCCCACCAUUGGCGAAUGGCAGCGAGAUCCCUCGAAUCCCAACCACGAAGCCGUCAAGGACGUCAAGAGCUUUCAGCUCAACGACGACGGUCCCCGAGGCCUGGCCAGCGGUUGCUGGUAUUACAUCAAGAUGCGGCCGGGCCUCCACGACUUCCUCAAGCGCGUGGCUGAAAAGUACGAGCUGCACGUCUACACGAUGGGCACCCGUGCGUACGCCAUGAAUGUCGCCAAGCUCGUCGACCCCGACCAGGCGCUCUUUGCCAACCGCGUCAUCAGCCGUGACGAGAACGGCAGUAUGACGGCCAAAUCCCUUCAACGACUCUUCCCCGUCAGCACCAACAUGGUUGUCAUCAUCGACGACCGUGCCGAUGUCUGGCCCCGCAAUCGACCCAACCUCAUCAAAGUCACACCCUAUGAUUUUUUCAAAGGCAUUGGAGACAUUAACUCCAGCUUCCUUCCGAAACGAGAAGAUCUGCUCAAGGGACCCCCUGGCGCCCCGCCGCCCGCUGCCAAUGGCGCACAGGCGCAGGGAACACCAGAGGCCACGGUCAACGGCACUCCCGAUAAGAUGUCGGCUCUAGAGGAGCUUGCCCGCAUGAGCGGUGGCGAUGACACCAUGCUCAUUCAGAAGCAGACGGAGGAGCAGGAGCGGACCCUCGAGAAGCAGAUUAAGGAUCGGCCUCUGGCGCAUCUGCAGGCUGAGCUCGACAAGGAAGACUCCGAAGCCACUCCCAUUCCUGCGCCGAACGGCGAUCAGCCUCAGCAGACACCAGUGCCUCAUCGACAUCAUCUACUACUUGACAAUGAUCAGGAGUUGGCCUUUCUCGAGAAGCAUUUGCUCGGUCUACACGAGACCUUCUACGAGGAAUACGACGCUCAAAACCGAGGCAGGAGUAGUCGCGAUAUACCGCUCGUUCCCGAUGUUGGCCAUGUCCUGGACAAGCUCAAGGCCAAGGUCCUGAAGGGAACGUCAAUAGUAUUGUCGGGCAUAAUCCCAUUGGGCUACGAUGUGAGGACGUCUGAGAUUGGCUUGCAGGUGCAGAGCUUUGGCGCUUCUCUUCAUACAAGAGUAGGCAAGCACAUCACUCAUCUGGUCAUUAGCAGUGACCGGCCGAGGACGGCUAAGGUCCGACAAGCCGCUCAGAUCCCUCACAUCAAGAUCGUCAACCAAAAUUGGCUGGCAGACUCGUUGAGCCAGUGGACAAAGUUGGACGAGACGCCAUACCUAGUACGCCACCGUUAUAUCAGCUACUUCACCGCAGCCACAAUCACUAACACACAAACCUAUCAGAUUGAUGUUCAUCCAGCCGAUCGUGCCAAAGCCGCCGCGACGAACGAGACCACAGAUGCCGAGACUAUUUCAGACGCCGACGACAGCGACGAUCCGACGGGACAGAGCAGGAACAAGUUUCGGAUUAUCGUAUCCGACCCGUCUGGACAGAUGGGCGAGGACGAUGAUGACGAAGACGCGGAUGAUGGGGACGACGAUGACGAUGGUGAGGAUGAGGAGGAGGAGGAGGAGCGCGAGCUCGAUGACGCCAGCAGCCCUAUGGAUGACCUCAAGACGUUUGACUGGGCCGAUGCUGAUGCCGAGCUGGCCGAGUUCCUCGCGGACGAAGACGGAGACGAGUCCGAGUUUGCCGAAGACGGCAAGUCGGAGAUGGAGAGCGAGGCCGAAGGUGAAGGAGACACGACGCUUCUCUCGGCCGGUGGCACCAAGCGCAAACACGAAGAAGACAGCGAAUCUGACGGCGACGGGUCACGGACGGAAAGCCUGAUUGCCAAGAAGCAGCGAAUAGCCAGGAAUCGCGGCGCAUCCGGGCUCAGGGAGGUGCAGACUCCGGGCGGCGGCGAUGGAGCCCCUAACAAUGGUGCUGACAGCCUGCCCACGCCGCAGGUGAAUGGCGGCGCCGAUAUGGAUCUGCGGAAACAGAAAGCGGGCAUGAUCGUGGCCGACAAUCAAGACGACAUUGAUGACGCGCAGCUCGAGGCGGAUCUCAUGGCUGAGCUCGAGGCCGACGAGGCGGAAGCGGCGGCGACGGCGAGUGCGGCGGCAGAGCAGAGCUAG